AUGGUAUCCGAGGAAAACCGCCUAAACCCUUGGUGCUUUAUGAAUGACCCUCAGUGGAGUCCAGACGAAGACAGACCACGCCAACUUGAAGACACUGAAGGGAGAUUAAAGGGAACCCAGUGGUGUCAGUGUGGAAAUUGCAAGCAAAUGAGUUCCUUGGAGGAAAGCAUUUUCUGCCAUGAAUUUAGAUCAAUGGAUUGUAUGAGAGAAGGUCUACACUGUGUAAUACAGCAUGAAGGAUUUCAAAGUAGGAUUCAUUCGAGAGAUUUUUUAAUUGAGAUUCUUAAAGCCAGCACCCGAAUGACCCAACAAGAAUUUGAAAGAAUUGAAAACAGGUGUCUGAGAUGGGCAUGCUAUCGCAAGUUUACCAACCAAGUUUAUGGGUUUCUUGGAAAGGGUCACCGCAUUCCUGUGCCUUCUUGUGUGGUGUCUAAGAUAAGAGAAUUGUACCCAGAUCACGAGGGGAACUAUACCGGAUUCAGAUGGUACUCAGAUUACGCAACUGGUGACCUGCAAAUUCAUCUCAAUUUCUAA